AUGGGACACCCAGGAAUGCCCCACUAUCCCCCCAUGGGGAUGCAUCCCAUGGGGCAGAGACCUCCCAACAUGCCCCCAGUUCCCCACGGGAUGAUGCCUCAGAUGAUGCCCCCCAUGGGAGGACCCCCGAUGGGGCAGAUGCCUGGAAUGAUGCAGUCAGUGAUGCCUGGAAUGAUGAUGUCCCACAUGUCCCAGGCUGCCAUGCAGCCCACGGUUCCUCCAGGUGUGAACAGCAUGGAUGCACAAGUAGGUGUGACCCCUCCUGGAACUCAGACAACGCAUCCCGUGGUCUCCACAGUCCAGCAAAGCUCCACCACCACCAGCUCUGCCAGYGAGGAUCACUCCAAGCAGAAAUCCACGUGGACGGAGCACAAAUCCCCAGAUGGAAGAACUUAUUACUACAACACUGAGACCAAGCAGUCCACGUGGGAGAAGCCAGAUGACCUCAAAACCCCUGCUGAGCAAUUGUUAUCCAAGUGUCCCUGGAAAGAGUAUAAAUCCGAUUCUGGGAAGCCUUAUUAUUACAAUUCCCAAACAAAGGAAUCCCGCUGGGCAAAACCCAAAGAGCUGGAGGAUCUUGAAGCAAUGAUUAAAGCUGAAGAAAACAGCACGAAGCCGGAGGACGCGGCCGCCGCCACCUCAGCCCCCGCCGCCGCCGCCGCUGUGGACGCUCCGAGCGGAGCCGUGGCCGCCCCAACCGCCGACGGUGCCACAGCCACGGCUGCACCCACGGGAGCCACUGCUGAGGGGGAAUCUGCUCCGGCUGCUGCCCCGGGGGACACGGAUGGUGCUGGGACAGCACCCACCGAGGAGCAGGGCCAGGCUGGAGCCGCCCCCGGAGCGCAGGACGGCAGCACCGACACGGCAGCGGCCACCGUGGAGGAGGCGGCCAAGCAGGAGAGCACGGGAGAUGCUGCUGUAAAGAAGGAGGAUGAGGAGGCCCAACCAGUUAAAAAAACCUACACCUGGAACACAAAGGAAGAGGCCAAACAAGCAUUUAAAGAACUAUUAAAAGAAAAGCGAGUUCCAUCCAAUGCUUCCUGGGAGCAAGCCAUGAAAAUGAUCAUCAAUGACCCCAGAUACAGGGAAUUUGACUUCCCAACAAUCCAAAAUUCUAACAAACCUGUUUUUCUGUAUUUCUGUCCACACCACCUCAAAAAACAAAACCCCCUGGACUUUUCCCAUCAGGAACAAGCCAAGCAGCUCCGGAAGAGGAAYUGGGAAGCUCUGAAGAACAUUCUGGACAACAUGGCCAAUGUCACCUACUGCACCACAUGGUCUGAGGCACAGCAGUACCUCAUGGACAACCCCACCUUUGCUGAGGAUGAGGAGCUCCAGAAUAUGGAUAAGGAGGAUGCACUGAUCUGUUUUGAGGAGCACAUCAGGGCCUUGGAAAAGGAGGAGGAGGAAGAGAAGCAGAAAAGUUUGCUGAGGGAAAGGAGGAGGCAGCGGAAAAACAGGGAAUCUUUCCAGCUGUUUUUGGAUGAGCUGCACGAGCACGGCCAGUUACAUUCCAUGUCCUCCUGGAUGGAAUUGUAUCCAGCCAUCAGCUCCGACAUCAGGUUCACCAGCAUGCUCGGCCAGCCUGGAUCAACUGCACUCGACCUGUUCAAGUUCUACGUGGAGGAUUUGAAAGCUCGUUACCAUGAYGAGAAAAAGAUCAUUAAAGACAUCUUAAAGGAUAAAGGGUUUGUGGUGGAAGUGAACACUUCCUUCGAGGAUUUUGUCACUGUCAUCAGCUCCACCAAGAGAGCCACCACUCUGGAUGCAGGGAAUAUCAAGCUGGCUUUCAACAGUCUCCUGGAGAAGGCGGAGGCGCGGGAACGGGAGAGGGAGAAGGAGGAAGCCAGGAAGAUGAAGAGGAAGGAAUCAGCCUUCAAGAGCAUGCUGAAACAAGCCACACCCCCCAUCGAGCUGGAUGCAGUCUGGGAGGAUAUCAGAGACAGAUUUGUGAAGGAACCAGCAUUUGAGGAUAUCACCCUGGAAUCUGAAAGGAAAAGGAUAUUUAAGGAUUUCCUACAUGUACUUGAGCACGAGUGUCAACACCACCACUCCAAGACCAAGAAACAUUCAAAGAAAUCCAAAAAACAUCACCGGAAGCGCUCCCGUUCCCGCUCCGGUUCUGAGUCUGAGGAUGAUGACAGCCACUCCAAGAAGAAGCGGCAGCGCUCGGAAUCGCGGUCGGUGUCGGAACGUUCUUCCAGCGCCGAAUCCGAGAGGAGUUAUAAGAAGUCCAAAAAACACAAGAAGAAGAGCAAGAAGAGGAGGCACAAGUCUGAUUCACCAGAAUCUGAUGUAGAACGAGAGAAGGACAAGAAGGAGAGAGAGAGGGACAGUGAGAAGGAAAGAGCCCGACAGAGAUCCGAGUCCAAGCAUAAAUCUCCCACUAAAAAACGGCCUGGAAAAGAUUCCGGAAACUGGGAUACCUCUGGCAGCGAGCUGAGCGAGGGGGAGCUGGAAAAACAGAGGAGGACUCUUUUGGAGCAGCUGGAUGAAGAUCAAUGAGAAGAUCCUUGAUACCAAAAACGUUUACAGGUGGCAAAAUAAAACCGAGCCUUGCGUGGGCCAGGCCUUGGGGCCGGGCCGCUGGCUUGUAGUUUGUUACCGCUUCAAUCCAGUCACAAGUAGAAAAAUCCAUGGAAUUCUGAGGGCAAAGCUGUGCCUGGCCUGGAGCUGGGGGGCGGGCUGGGAUCCUCGGAGGUGGCAGCAGUGGCCCCAAGUCCCUUCCCCGUGUCCUUCCCAGCCAGGGAACCCAGACUGGCAGAGCCCAGUCUGGCUUUGGGACAAAACUUCCCCACUGAAUUGCUUGUGGUUUCCUUCACUGGAUGGAUUGGGUUGGGAGGGUUUUUUGAGAAAGCAGCAGGAGUGAGGAAUCCGUGUUCUGCAAAGCCCUGGAUAUUGGGAUUGUUUGGCACCGGAGGYUUAGUCCGAGUCUAAGCCGUGUCCUGACUCCAAUCCCAAAUCCCCGGGAAUGCGGCGAUGGGAAUUSUGCUGUGCCAGCAGAGGGAGYGUGUAGGACACAACCACCUCGGCAUUCCCUGAAUCCCCACCCGGCCCAGCCCRGCCCUGGCUGCUCCUCCAGCAUUUCUCUCCCCGUUUUCUCUUCCCCCUUCCGAAAAUUUAGGAAUAAAAAUCCAAUGUAAAACGCAAUUCCAUGUGUUGCCUUAAGAGCCUGCUGCAGAAUGUACCUGCACAGCCCAGAGCAGCCCAGAGAAGGGAGGAGGAAGCAGCUCCAGCCCUGUUUUUCCAGGCCCUGCCCUGUCAGGAAGGUGCCCCCAGCCCUGCUCGGUGAGAAAAUUGGGAAGCCGCUGUCCUUGGAAUAUUUUUGUACAUUUUUAUCGAUGAUUAAACCUUGUCUUUUAGCUUGUA